AUUGUGUCACAAGUGAGUCAACUGUUAGCGCCGUCCUUGGUCAUUGAAGAUAGACGCUGUCCAAACCUGGUUUUGGUGGAUUUUCUUCGCUGUUUUUUUUUUUGUUCACUUUUUUUUUUCUCUCUCUCUCUGAAACUCCAACUAAAUCUUACCGCUGAAUAUUCAAGACACGUUCCAGUGUUUUCCAAAUAUUGAUUAUCUAAGAAAGAGCGAAAUAACACAUCAUACAUACCUCUCCAACCAAGUCGUGGAAGUCUGUAGCCGUUAUGACAGCUAAAACAGAACUGUCCGGCUGGACAGACUACACAACCGAGGACUUCCCCCUGAUACAACAGUCUAAAGUGGAUCCUCUCGCAUCCAGAACCAGGGUAACAUCUCCAGGAGGACAGUCUCUAUACUCAACCAGAGAAACGGGCCAUUACGCGCACAGCGGCUCCAUGGAUCUCUCACUGGAGAAACUCAUGUCGGUGAGUAAACUAACGGACAGUGGUGUCACGAUAGAGAUGGACCUGGAUACAGUACCUGGGGACCAGGGAGAAGGAGGAAACGGUACGCAGCAGGACCACCACCCGGGCCCGCAGAAACACCGGCGAGUCGCGGCUAACGCCCGGGAGAGACGGAGAAUGCACGGACUGAACAAGGCGUUUGACACGUUGCGGAGCGUGAUUCCGUCCGAUAAUAAUAAAUUGUCAAAGUAUGAUACUCUCCAGAUGGCUCAGAUUUACAUCCAGGAACUUUCGGCGCUGCUUACCGGGGUGGUGAAACCAGAGGGUCGGGGAGGGUCACGGAGUGGAUGCGCCUCACCAGACAUAGACCACCUUAUCCCGGCUAGGAGGACCCUUCUGGGGUCUCUCUCUCCAGAGCCCUUGCGGGGUGGUGGUGGCGGGAUGACUGGGAUCAGCAACACCCUGCAGGACUCCCUCUCCCAGCAGCCUCAGAACAAGAGACUGGUCGGAGAUCAGGAGAACAAUGGCCCCGUCGGUCACCUCAUCAUUCUGUCUGCGCCUAAAUCUGAUCUAGGAUCGGGGAAUAAGAGGGUGUCUAAUACUUCUAACGGGAGUGAUGGGGAGUCGUCGCAUUACAGUGACUUUGAGGACGGACAGGCCGGCAGACGGUGACAAUUUAGAGUCUAAAGGUCACAACAGGACCUCUUUUAGGAUUGGUUUUCAUACGGAUUGUUUCAUUUUUUAUUUAUUUAUAGAAACUGUCUUGUGUUUUAGAAGACAAUAACGCACACCAAAAUAGAGCCACGUAGCCCAACCUUGAAAUGUUGAAUAAUAUUCUGGUUUAGAUUGAGACUGUAGUCUAGGCCUACUCUCGGCUACAUUUAUACAAUAACACUUGUCUCAUCAUGCCAUGUUUAUUUAUUAGAUAUGGAUAUCCGGGGGGUUGGGGUCAAUUCCAUUUUAAAUUCAGGAAGUACACUGAAAUUCCAAUGCUUGCCAAUGGGAAACAUUGUGGCGUCAGAUUUUCGGUUUACUUUCCCGAAUUGACAUGUUCCCCAAACUCUGCUUGUAUCUUAAAAAGUUUAUUAAUGUUCUGGGUUAGAUUAAAACGGUAGUCUAGCCUACGUUUAGACAAGAACACGAAUAUCCCAGUGGGCACAAGACGUUUGAAAAUGUGUAUUUUCAAACAUUUUUUACUCAUAGGGAGGGCUGUUUCAUCAUACCAUAUUUAUUUAUUAGAUAUGAACACUGUAAAAUAAAAUAAAAAGACCUAGCCUAUUGUGGGGUAUUGAAGACGUUGUGUAUUUAAACAAGGACCUGAUAAUAUGGCUUCUCAUAGGGGCUUUCUUUCCUUUCUUGCACUUUAGGGACUAAAUACAUCUGGAACAUUUGGUUUCACGGUCUGAUUGCACGCAUAUCUAAUAAUAAUAAUAAAAAAAAUAUAUAUAUAUAUAUAUAUAUAAACAAAAAUACUUUGAUAUUAAUGUAUUGUUAUUUGUUUUCUUCCGAGAAUAGUUUUUGAUGGAGGGAAAAAAAAAUUAAAAAAAAAUAAUGAUAAAUAUUUAGAACUUUUUUUUCUUCUAAAUUUUCCCAGAAUAAUUCACUCUGUCUGAUUUAAUU